CUAUCCCCGCUGCGGGAAGUUGAGAGCUGUGCUGCCCGGAAGACGUGGGCUCUCCGCUUCUCCUCCUGGGUCCCCCUUCCUGGGUCCCCAUCGGCCUAUGGGCCUCCACAGCGACGGCAGGGGCCCGGCCCCGGGGCGGGCAGCCCGAGCGGAGCCACGGAGCUCCGCGGGCCUGUGCGGCGGGCUCGCCGUGUUCGCCGCCGUGGCCGCAGUGUUCACCCUCACGCUGCCCCCCUCGGUGCCCGGGGGAGACGCGGGGGAACUGAUCACAGCCGCACAUGAGCUUGGAGUUGCCCAUCCUCCUGGCUAUCCUUUGUUCACUCUGGUGGCUAAACUGGCCAUUAUACUAUUUCCUUUUGGCUCCGUUGCCUACCGAGUCAAUUUUCUGUGUGGCUUAUUUGGAGCAGCAGCUGCAUCAUUACUUUUUUUCACCGUUUUCAGGCUUUCUGGCUCACAUGCGGGAGGAAUCCUUGCUGCGGGGGUGUUUUCAUUUUCUCGUCUAACAUGGCAGUGGUCCAUCGCAGCGGAGGUUUUUAGCUUAAACAAUCUGUUUGUGGGGCUGCUUAUGGCUCUUACUGUACAUUUCGAGGAGGCAGCAACCGCAAAAGAAAGAUCAAAGAUAGCUAAAAUUGGUGCUUUCUGCUGUGGCCUUAGCUUAUGUAAUCAGCACACAAUAGUACUCUAUGUUUUGUGCAUAAUACCAUGGGUUCUCUUUCGACUUUGCAAAGAGAAGGAACUCUCCUGGGGCUCGGUGUUGAAGCUGAGUCUGUGCUUCUCUGCUGGUUUGCUGCCCUACAUCUAUCUUCCUAUCUCAUCCUACCUCAAUCAAGCCCGCUGGACCUGGGGAGACCAGACAACGGUGCUGGGAUUUUUGACUCAUUUUCUCAGGGAAGAAUAUGGAACAUUCAAUCUGGCUAAAUCUGAAAUAGGAUCCAGUAUGUCUGAAAUUUUACUUUCUCAAGUAACAAACAUGAGGACUGAACUCUCCUUCAACAUCCAAGCCCUUGCAGUUUGGGCUAAUAUAUGUUUAGUAAGAAGGGACAGACAGAACCCAUCAUUAGUGUGGCUUUUUACUGGAAUGUUUUGCAUUUAUUCAUUGUUCUUUGCUUGGAGGGCAAAUUUAGAUAUUUCAAAACCACUUUUCAUGGGUGUGGUGGAGCGAUUCUGGAUGCAGAGCAAUGCUGUGGUGGCAGUCCUCGCUGGCAUCGGGCUGGCCACACUGGUUUCUGAGAGUAACCGAGUGCUGAACACCAAAGGCUUUCAGUAUCUAGAGUGGCUUUCAGCAGCUCUUUUUGUAAUUUACCAAAUAUAUUCUAAUUACAGCAUUUGUGACCAAAAGACCAACUAUGUGAUUGAUAAAUUUGCGAAGAACCUUCUAGCCUCUAUGCCUCAUGAUGCAAUUAUCUUACUCAGAGGAGAUUUGCCAGGAAAUUCUCUCCGUUAUAUGCAUUAUUGUGAGGGACUGAGGCCAGACAUUUCAUUAGUGGAUCAGGAAAUGAUGACUUAUGAGUGGUAUUUACCCAAGAUGGCAAAGCAUUUACCAGGUGUCAACUUUCCUGGGAACCGGUGGAAUCCUGUGGAAGGAGUAUUACCCAGUGGAAUGGUCACAUUUAAUCUUUAUCAUUUUCUUGAAAUAAAUAAACAAAAAGAAACAUUUGUUUGCAUAGGAAUUCAUGAGGGUGACCCAACCUGGCAAAAGAACUAUUCACUUUGGCCAUGGGGCUCUUGUGACAAAUUGGUUCCUUCAGAGAUCGUAUUCAACCCUGAGGAGUGGAUUAAACUUACAAGAAAUAUCUAUAACUGGACUGAAGAAUAUGGACGGUUUGAUCCAUCUUCUUGGGAAUCUGUGGCCAAUGAGGAGAUGUGGCAAGCAAGGAUGAAAACACCGUUCUUCAUUUUUAACCUGGCAGAAACUGUAAAUGUGCCUUCAAAUGUGAAAGCUCAACUCUACACUCACGCAUAUGACCUUUAUAAGGAGAUUGUCUAUUUACAAAAGGAACACCCAGUGAAUUGGCAUAAGAACUAUGCCAUCGCCUGCGAGCGGAUGCUGCACCUUCGGGAAGGAGGCGCAGACCCUGAAGUCUUGUUAUCGGAAACCAUCAGACAUUUCCGCCUCUACACUCAGAGAGCGCAGAAUGACCCGCAGCUGGCUGAUAUUUCAGCCGCUCUAAAGCACCUAAGAAAAGAACUGCAGAGUCUGAGAAAUAGGAAAAAUGCCUGAGACAGCAAAAUGUGGAAAACCUGCUUGUCAUCCUGCUUCCAAAUUUUUGAGGUCCAAAACUUUUUCUUCAGAGAAAAGAAACUGAUAAAAAAUUGAAGACUUAAGUCACUUCCCAGAUAGAAGUAAUUGGGAGGGUUGGGGGUGGGGUGGUUGUGACUGAAUUGUGCUGUUUAUACAAAAUCUGUUUAUCCCCUGUCCCCAAGUUAGCAUUUCAGGGAGAAUCUUCCGAACAUCCUUCCCACUUUCGCAACUUUUCACCUAAUGAUGUUGCUCCAUUAGAUUCUAAAAGAGAAUGGACUCUAUUCAUAUACUUAAAAUAUUGACUGUGCAUCUUUUAAGGUCCCUGCUUAUUGGGAUCAGUUUUGAAGGUUAAAUUCUUCAAACAUUAAUACCAUACCAAAGACAUUUUCUGUUUCCCAAAAGUGGCUUUAAAAAAACCCCACAAAAAAGUGAAUCUUGUUUUGCUGCAAGUCAGAAUUCUUUUAUUUUUUUUAUUUCUUAUUAGCUGUGGUUGUUACAUAAUCUCCUGUUUCAAGCUAAACACCAACCGAUGAUAUUUUGAAAAAAGUUGGGGUUUUAUUGUCUUAGGCAAUUCUCUGAAAGCACUGAAAAAUAAAGCUAAUUCACUGUUUGCUUUUUUCCAGUCGUGUAAACUGGUUGGCCAGUAAAAAGAAUUUUUUAAUUCCUUAAUUAAUUUUAUAUUUAUGUUUUGCUUCUGUUUGUGCUCAUAAAUCUGGGCCCAAUAAUUAGUAGGCUCCUGCUGCCAAAAUGCAAAAAAAAAAAAAAAGAAGAAGAAGAAGAAGAAGAAGGCGGGGAUUCGAGGGGGAGGAUGGGGAAAUGGUUCAAUAAAUUCAUUUUUGUUACAAGGAUCUUUUAUACAUAUUACUAAAGAGAACAUAGUAAGAAAUGCAAA